AGCGGGACAGGGCGAGGCGCCCCCCCCGGGGGGAAGGGAGAGGGGCGGUGGGGGCCUGGGCCUGCCACCCUCGGAGGGCCCCUGCGGGGCCGUACCGCCCCGGCGGGGGAGGGCGCCCGCGGUCCCGGGCGGGGCGGCGCCGGACUACAAAUCCCAGGGAGCGGCGGGGACGGUCGUUGAAGCGGGGUUGCCGGGCCGCCUUCCCGCCGCCAGAGCCAGGUGACGUGGUGGUGGCCCAGGAAGCAUGCGGUUGUGGUGUUGGGGACCCUGAAGACUGGCUCGCAGGGAGGAAUGCUACGGUGGGCAGUGCACUUGGAAGGUGGGCCGCGGAGGGUGAACCAUGCGGCCGUGGCCGUUGGGCACAAAGUCUAUUCCUUUGGUGGAUAUUGUUCUGGAGAAGACUAUGAGACUCUGCGACAGAUCGACGUCCAUGUUUUCAAUGCAGUGUCUCUGCGCUGGAUCAAGCUGCCUCCAGUGUGGACAAACAGCCGGGACCACGUGAGAGAGGUGCCCUACAUGAGGUAUGGGCACUCAGCAGUGCUCAUAGAUGACAUCGUCUACAUAUGGGGCGGUCGCAACGACACUGAGGGAGCCUGCAACGUGCUUUAUGCCUUUGAUGUCAACACGCACAAGUGGUUCACGCCAAAGGUGUCUGGAAUGGUCCCAGGAGCGAGAGAUGGGCACUCAGCUUGUGUCCUGGCAAAGAGCAUGUUUAUCUUCGGAGGCUAUGAACAGCUGGCUGACUGCUUUUCGAAUGAUAUCCAUAAAUUGGACACCACAAACAUGAUGUGGACCUUAAUCUCUGCCAAGGGUACACCAGCUCGCUGGAGAGAUUUCCAUUCAGCUACCAUCAUUGGAACAAAGAUGUAUGUGUUUGGUGGCAGAGCUGAUCGUUUUGGGCCCUUUCACUCCAACAAUGAGAUCUACUGCAACCGCAUUAAAGUUUUUGAUACAGAAACAAACUCCUGGCUGGACUCUCCUCCAACUCCGGUGCUACCUGAAGGCCGGCGGAGCCAUUCAGCAUUCAGCUACAACGGGGAGCUGUAUGUAUUUGGUGGCUACAACGCACGCCUGAACAGACAUUUCCACGACCUCUGGAAAUUCAAUCCAGUUUCUCUUUCUUGGAGGAAGAUCGAGCCCAAGGGGAAAGGCCCAUGUCCUCGACGCCGGCAGUGCUGCUGCAGAGUGGGGGACAAAAUCAUUCUCUUUGGAGGCACCAGCCCGUCUCCAGAGGAAGGAAUGGGUGAUGAAUUCGACCUGAUGGAUCACUCGGAUCUCUACAUCCUCGACUUCAGCCCCAGCCUCAAGACGCUGUGUAAGCUGGCAGUGAUUCAGUACAGCCUGGACCAGUCCUGCCUUCCCCACGACAUCAGAUGGGAGCUCUCGGCCAUGACAACAAACAGCACCAUCAGCCGCCCCAUCGUCUCCUCCCAGGGCUGACGCCGGCUCAUCCCUCUACCACCCUAACCCUCGGCCCCUCCACACGCUGACCUCUUGCUCCACUGCCUGCAUGAGUGUUUUUUUGCCCUUUCAAGCAAGGAACGUGUGAGCUCAGUCUGUCUCGCCCUCGCCAGGCCUCCCUCUGCCCUUGUCACGCUUUGGGCAGCACGAGUGUGCAGGCAGAGCAGGCCCCCGGGGGAAGAAAUCGUCUUACCCCAACAAAUACAACUGUGAACUCC